AUGGAGGAAACAGCUCCAGCUCCUCAUUCAAGUGGAUCCACAGAUGUCGAGUGUCAUGCAUGCGUUGGAAUGAAGCGCAAAGCUGAACAGACCUGUGUGGAGUGUGCGGCAUCAUUCUGUGAGCAUCAUCUUGAUGUGCAUAACAGUUUGCACGUGGGAAAGAGACACAGGCUUGUGGAGCCGAAUGCACAGUUGCAGGAGAACAUCUGCCCUGAUCAUGGCAAAAUGCUGUUCGUGUAUUGCCGCACAGACCAGCUGUGCAUCUGUCACCUGUGCAUCACUGAUAAACACAGAGGUCAUGAUGUCAUCCCAGUGGAAGAGGAAGUGGCCAAUAAACAGAUUAAGUUGGGGCAGUUGCAGAAGUGGACCACUGGCAUAAUUGAAGCUAAGCAGAAAGACUUGCAAGAACUGAGACAAGCUGUUGAGAUGUUCAAGGCUUCAGCAAAUAAGGCACUGGAGAAGAAUGAGAAGAGCUUCGCCGAGCUGAUCCAGUCUAUGAAGGACAAUCAAAGCAAAGUGACAGAGCUGAUCCAAGGACAGACAGAGUCUGCAGUGAAGCAAGCGGAGGGAUUCAUAAAAACUCUAGAGCAGGACAUCACUAAUAUGUUGACCUUAGGUGCUGAUCUGCAACACCUGGAGAUGCUUUCUCAAACAAACAAUGAUGUUCGAUUUCUAGAGAGAGCUGUGUCUCUGCCCUCGCUGACGGAGUAUAAAAAACCAUAUGUCUUCCUUGUGCGUCCAUAUAAUUCUUUUGAGCGUGACUCAAUGGCAGUUGAUGAACUAAUAGAAAAGCUAAACACGACCAGCAAGUUGAGUUUAGUCACAGUUUCCAGAAAAGUGAAAAACACUAGAAUCCUAACAUUACCACCACCACAAACACGAGAGAAGUUUCUACAGUAUGCAUCAAAGCUCACUUUUAAUACCAACUCAGCACAUGAAAGCCUCAUUUUGAGGAACGAGAACAAGGAGGUAAAGGCCUCGCACCUGCUUCAGGACUAUCCUGAACACACUCAAAGGUUUGACUGCAGGGCACAAAUCCUGUGCAAUGAAGGUCUCAGAGGGUCCCCUAAAUAUUGGGAGGUAGAGAUUGGUGGGGGCACUUGGAUCUGCAUUGCUGUGUCCUACCAAGGAAUUCGGAGAAAAGGCAAACCGCGUGUACUUUUUGGAAGAAAUGACCAGUCGUGGGGACUACGCUGUCAACAUGGCAAUAUAGAAUUUUGGCAUGACAAUAAAACAACAUUUUCAAAGUGUCAAUCACAUGGAUCCAAAAUAGGAGUGUACUUGGACUACAGGGCUGGAAUCUUGGCAUUUUACAAUGUUUCUGACAACAUGAGUCUCAUUUAUAAGCAUCAAACUGUUUUUAAAGAGCCUGUUUAUCCUGGGUUCGGACUGGCUGGGAAAGGGUCCUACGUGAGGCUUUGCGAUCCAGUGAAAAAUGAGACCAAAACGUCCCUUUCUUCUCUAUUUAAGUUUGGUAGUUUGUAA